UGCUCCAUCAACGAGAAGCGAGUGGACUCGCUAGCUGAACGGACGUGUAGGUUCACGUUGGCUGCUCGGUCGCCCGCUGUGUGUGUGUUUUUCUUUUUAUUUGGUUGUUUUGUGUGUGUGUGUGUGUUGGACGACGCCAUCGCUGUUGGUGUGGGAUUGGUCAUUCUGAGUUGGAUGUGAUUAUUGUGUUGUUUGUCUUUCGUGUUGUGUAAAAGUUGCAUGCGAGAAGUGAGACUGCGAGUGACCAUUGAGGAUUGUUUCCUGUGCAGCAGCAGUAGCAGCAGCAGCACGUUGACUUUUUGUGGGCCGGAUCGAUCGAUCGGUGGGUGGCGUCGUCGGGCGGAGUCACCCCCGUAUGACGAUGGCUUCUAACGAUCUCCCUGGGACUCUUUGAGAUAUAGGGGAGCCACAGAGAAAAGGGCUUGCUUGGGUGACCUAAUGAAAUUUUCGACUCUAACCUCCUCUCUUCUGCCGCGCCUACUACUCUGCGACGCCAACGCCCUCUGAUCUUACGACGCAUCAGACCCGCCCGGCCUGUUAUUACCGGUCUCUCGGGCUGCCAUGGGCUAGUGAACGACACCACACCAAGAAACAAGAAAGGAAAGAAAAAGAAAAUAAAUAUAUAUCAGGAUGGACUUCCGGAUCGGCCGGACGGUCGUUUCUCCCUCAUCAUCCGCUUCAUCCGGAUUGCUUUACCCUCCGGCUGCACCGCACAGUUUGACGCCGACGCCCAUCUUCUAUUACCCAGGUUUACCGCUAAAAAUUCCGCCGUCCCCACAUUCUUCGCCUUUGGUGGCUGGACUGAAUGGCAACCAUCACAGGACGGCCGGUGGUACCACAUCGAGUUCAAUGAUGAGGAGCACAGCAACCGUACAGCCGUCGGCGCUGCAUCCACCCGUGCCUCAAUCGUCGCCGCAUCACCAUCGAACCGCACCUGGUUCAUCAGCAGUGGUCUCUCCUUCGUCAACCGGAACGUCGGCACGCCAUCAGCACAGCUCGAGUAACAAUAGCAAUUGCAGCAGUAGCAGUAGCAACAGCAGCAGUAGCAGUUUUGCGGCCGCCUUGCGUCAUUUGGCCAAACAGGCCGGCGGCCCAACGCAGUCAACCAUUCAUUCCGAUCCAGAAGUGGAAACCAGUCCCAACCGAUCAAGCAGCAGCUACUCCGGAGCAACGCACGGCUAUCCCCCCUACAAUGGCGAUAGAGUGUCGAAAUCGCCCAGUCCGUCGGCCCACUAUCGUCCAACCUCAAAAAAGGAGUCCGGUAAUCACACCAAAAGUCGAAGAGAUGACAGCCUACAUAUCCCCGUGACAACUCGAUCUCGCUCUCCUCCCGUCGUCACUAUCGCCCCGACACUUAGCCUAUCCAGUUUGCAUUACAAGGUUUGCUUAUGA